CAUAUCUGAGCAUGCUUUAUUCAUUCAAAUCAGGAAGAAAUCAACUUACGAUGUAAUUUGAAUCCUUGUUUCAAAGUUUUAAAAUGUCACUCAAAUCUGGAUUAUGUUGGAUUUAUCUAUUGAGUGUUGCUUGUACUGUUUCAGCUGAUAUUCUCUCAAAUGAAAACAGUACAUGGCAUGAUGCAAAUAGUAGAGGUAACUUUGCAACACCCAAAAUACAAGUGAACAAUUCAACAUUCAUUGUAAAUAUACCAACGGACCUAAAUGAUAAUGAGGAAGCGUGGGUUGGAUAUUAUAAAAAAGAGACAGCAUUUGCGUAUAUUGAAUGUGGCUUUGUAAACAAUGCAAAACUCACAAUAUUGUUACCGGUAUCUAGAAAUUCUCCUGGUCUUUGCUAUUCGAUGUGCAAUAAAUCUCACCAUACAUAUGUUGGUUUGAACAAGGACAAGGUAAACUAUCUAAGCAAUUGCACCAGCAAAUACAGUAUUUUCAAUACUCUCAUUUUCGGUAGAGAAUUUAUUGUUAUGGCAAUGCCCAUUAUGUUUUACUAUCAUUAA